AUAUUCGCCAAAUUUUUGUUGACAAACGACAUAAUUUUUUUAAUAAAACAGUCAUAAAACGUAGAAAUAACUGUUCGGUAGUGGAGGCGUGAAUAAUGGUAAAGCAUCACAAUCGUUGAGUAAGGUUCCGCGAAUACACUUGUUUUCAAACCAUGACCGUCACGUAGUAUGUUAUGGAUGACUUAAAUCGCGUGAAAAACAUCAAGGAAAGAUUCGAAGGUGCAUCACAUUUGAAUACUCAGUUCAAAGAUCCGAAGAUCACCAACGAUGAAAUCAUACCCAGCAAGGCUGCCGCCGCUAAAACCACCAACAGUCAAGAAGCGUUAUUAAUGAAUCAUCGAGCCCACAUAAAACGUACUCCGGCCUUCCGUAAAGAUAAAGUUCCCACACGUAACGUAGAUAAGCACGAUUUUAUAAGCAAAUCCGCAGAUUCUCUAGUUACCAGCAGAGUUCAUCUGUUUAAUAAACUGGACGAUUUCAAAGACCCAUCGAUCAGCGUGAAACGCGAUGUAGACGAUGUAAAAGAAAACAAACCGUUUAAAACCGAAUCCUUGAUCAACCUUGACGUUGAUAAACUCAAGAAACAGAAUAUCAGCGAAUUGAAGCUGUUUAUGAAUCAGAAGCCAAAUUCAACGAAACGAGAUAGUUUCGAAGUUCUGUACGCCAAAGUGGAUAAAUCACCGAAAAGGUUAUCGAAAUCGCCUAAAAUAUCCAAUGAAUUCGGAUCAGCAAAGCCCAGCGAAUCGGGUCCGCUAUUUAAACAAAGAUCUACACCAAAUAUGGUCGAAAAAUCGGACAUCUACGACGAAUUAUCGGAUACGUUGAAACGAGUGCUGAGUACCCCUUUACCGCCAGGUCCUCCGCCCAAGAAACCACCUCGUACUUUUAUCUCGACCGGAAUGGCGGAAACGUUGAAUGGGUCUAAAAUUAAUUGUGAUUCGAGACCAUGUGGUAAUUAUGGUAAAAUCAAUAAUCAGACCGAAGAUCGUUACGAUAAAAUGCCUAAGUUAUUGCGUUCUAAAACCGAAUCCGAGAUAAUGUUGCAAAAAAUAGAAAACGCUCUGAUGAAACAUCAAGAAAACGCAUUCGCUUUGAAAGAAGGGAAUAUGAAGAUGGAUAUAAAAGAGAAAAGUAUCGACAAAGGUCAAGACACGAUUAAAAGGCGCGACGCGAACAUGUCGUGUUUUGGCUCUACCUCGCAUUGUACGUCACCUGGUGAUAACGAUGUGUAUUCUAAGAACGCUAGCACGUGCUUUAAGCCUUCGAAUGCUGCAAUCAGUUCGCGUAAAAGUUUCGAUCAUAUUUACGAAGAUCCGGAUAUUAUUUUGAAUGCUUCGUCCGGCCAAGCAGUCGCAGAUUCCAAACUAUAUUACAUGUCGACACCGAUCGAGACGAUAAUCAAUUCCAGCGAAUUAGCACGUUUGAAUGAAACUGAAAGUGAUAAGAAAUCCGUCAGAAGCAUCGCUGAUACUUUCGAUAAACCAAAUCACGGGCAUGACAGGAAAACCGCCACGAACGUAUUCAACGAUCCCACCAUGGAAAAUAAAAUUAAAAUUUGGAUGAACGAAGCCUACGGUAAAUCUUUAAAAAGAUCUGAUGCUGGAGACGAUACUGAGUUAGGAAUCUCUAAUGAUGAAAUGGACGGAUCUGAGAAAGAGUGUCAUCACACAGCACAAUGCGACCAAGUAACGUUGUUGCGCAAAGGAUACGUACAAAAGAUAGCCUUAAAAACAGUAUCGCGUCAACAAAGCAUACACGCUCAAUUUUCCGAUUACAAACAUUUAUUCGAAUGUUUACUGUUGAUUGGAUUGAAUUUGGAUACCUCCAAUAACAAAGUGCCAUAUAUCAAAAUGAAAUACCCCGCUAAUACUAAUGUGCCACAAUGCAUAGAGCAUCUAUGUUUUCCCGACGCUCACGAAUGGAGUAACGAUAUCGAGAUGGAUGCCCCAGAAGAUGAUCAGAAUAACAGCAACAGAUAUUACACAGUUACAGUCACUACCGAAGGUGGUCAAAGGAAGUAUGUCUAUUGCAUCAGACUCAGACCAGAAGGAGGAACAGCUUUAUUGCCUUUAUCGUACUGUAUUCUGUCUUCUCAUAAAGCUAAUGAGUUCUACUUCAGGAUUCUGGAAGAAGUCGAAGCCAGACAUGGAAAAACAGAAGUGGAGUUCUUCAGCUUUGUUAGAGAACUAUACGGUACAAGAUUUCCCACUUUAGGUGGAGGAAUCGUAGUUCAUCCUUCUGUCGAACAGUCAAUCGAAGAAGCCCAUGAGCUGAUUAUCAAGAGAUCAUCCGAUUCCAGAUUGGAAGACUUGAAUUUAGCUAGAACGUUGGAGUACAUGAAAGUGAACGUGUUUCUGUUAAUUUUUUCCAGUAUGUUGCUGGAAAGAAAAGUCAUUUUAUUAAGUUCGUCAAUUAGUAAACUUUCAUCGUGCAUCGAAGGAUUGCAAACAGCUCUAUUACCGUUUGAAUGGCAGCAUACGUUAAUUACCGUUGUCCCGUCGACUGUUAUAUCGAUUAAUGACCUGUGCGAAGCACCAACUCCAUAUCUGAUCGGCCUACUUAAACCCACCGAUAACUCGCAAAUUUUACCUACCAUGAAUAAUAUUCAACAAGUUAUCGUGGUAGAUAUCGACGAACAAAAAGUACUGAAGAAAGUAGGCGAUGAACAGUCCAUUUUACCAAAGCAUCUAACCAUAGGUUUGAAAAACGCUCUGCAGUUGGCUCAUUCGUCCGAAACUCAAACAAAUAACUUAUUAGCUUGCGAAGCGUUCACCAGAUUAUUCGUAGAAUUGCUUAAUAAUUACAGACGUUAUAUAAUUCGCGGUAAUUUAGAUCAGAGGAUGACGAUUCAAAAAGAAGCAUUUUUGAGAAUUACUACGACUCAUUCGAUUCGUAUGUUUUUGGAAUGGUUUGUGGAAACUGCUGCGUUUUCAGCUUUCGUAGAAACUCACUCGUAUUCUACCGAAUCCAGAAAACUGUUCGAGAAACGUUUAGUCGAAUACGAAUACGAACUAAAUAAGCUAAAGCACGCCAAGAAUAAUAAAAUGUUGAAGACUGUUAAACAAAUCGGUGACUUUUUUAAAGACUUGACUAUAGCGCCUUAACUCUUACUUACUUACCUCUUUCUCAUUAUACUUAUAAGAUUCGCUUUUUUUACCUUAAUUUUCCAUUAUUUUUUUCUUUUGUUUUUUCACGAAUCAUAUCUACGUUUUUCAUUGUUCCUGUUUAUUACAAUAUGCAUUUUUUUAUCUAGUUAUAGGAAUACUUUUUAUUAUUUUUGUGAUAGUCUCGUUCUUUGUUUGUUUUUUUUUAUUAUCGAGUCUGUAGGUUUUAGUACACCUACUAUACGUUCACGUUUAGAUUUUUUUUGUUUGUUUGUUUUCCAUGUACUAAUUUAACUACGAUCUCGUUGAUUUUUCAUGCUUCCGGUGCCUGUAACCACCGCAGCUCAUAGGUAGAGUGGUAGUAGUUAGUAGUAGCAGCGGUGUUCAUUUUCAUUAGCAGCUAAUAUGUACUUGAAAUUACCUAUACCAAUAAGAGCUUUUUAACGCUGAUUUUUAAAAUACCUAGGUCAAGUUAUUCUUAUUUAGAAGCGUUAAAAAGUUCAGUAACGUUUGUGCCCAUUUCAAUAUUACCAAUUUUUAUUAUUGUAAGUUGAAUAUGGAAUACGCGAUUUAAAAGAUAGAAACACGUGAACUGAAAAUGUGAUCUGAUGAGAUGUUUUUUUGUAUGUUGAGUUCGACUUAAUAACGUGUUCAAUUAUAGCGUGUUAAGGUUUUGUCCCAUGAACUCCGAAACAUGACGAGUUUAUUUUUAUUUUUUAAGUAGGUAGGCAUGUGUUUUACACCAGCGAAAUUUUUAUGUGAUAUUAGUGCUAUUCUAGUUUUUAAGUGUGUUUAUUUUUUCUAAGAUUCUGAAAUCAAAUUUUGGAUGUUUAUACGCGUACAAAAUAAAGUUGAAGUUUUCCAUUGA